AUGGCCGCUCAUAUUUUUCUCCGUUGGAGUACGAGACUACGAUACGAGAGUGCACGCAAGUGUACACAAGAGUACAUUGGAGAGAUCGAUAGAGAAUUGUUACGAGUAACGGUACUAAGUAACAGAUUCGGUAAUAGAUGAGAUAACUGUGUAAAUUUACUGUGUGCCUUCUGAUCUUUGUUCGAUUUUUUCCUUUUUUAUUUUUUAAUACGUAACAUUCUGUAACAAAAAGUAGUUGUUUACUAUGUGUAGCCACUACACCUGAUUCUAUUUCCGACGAUGGUAAGGCAUUACGAGUGUCAACAAAGUAUAAAAACAAAAGGAAAGGCACAUAUCGCGGAUGGAUGAAGGCAUGAAUGCUCGAAGGACAAGUGCAUUGAUACACUGCAACUGUGAUCUAAAAUAUGAUAAAAUAGCGGACGACAUGGAUGUAAAAGUUGACGUUGAAUAUUGUGGCUCAUGUGGACACAAGAAACAAUUUCUUCAGUUAGCAGAGGAAAUAAAAAAGAAUGUCCCCAAUGCCACUAUUGCUGGGACAGCGGGAAGACAAGCCUCCUUUGAAGUGCAGGUUAAUGAUGAAUUGGUAUACUCUAAGCUUCAAACACUUGCAUUUCCUGACUUUGUUGCAAUCGCUGAUAUGAUCAGAGAUGUGUCCACGGGUAAACCAGUGAAGAAAAUCGACCAACAACAGGCUGCGGAUUGUAUACUAUUAUAAUCUCGUUUUAUUACAGAUCAGGUAUAAAACAAAAAGUUCAUUUUAUUGAUAUUUAUUACAGAAAUAAAAAAUUAUUUGCUAUAAUAUA